UCUGUAUCCCGGACACUCGUUACAUCUCUCAGCUUCAAACGCGAUCUCCUUUACAAAGUUCUCCAUUACAAUAAAAAAAAAUUAAUUUAAUUAACCAUUCGUAAAAAUUUUUUUUGUGAAAUUUUAAUUAUUCGAAAUUAAUAAAUUAAUUGUUUAUAUAUUUAUUACAAGUGCUACAUUAUCAUCAUGAUUGCAUACGGAUUAAUAUACGGCCUCGUGAUAAUUGGAAACUGCAUACUGUCAUCGGCAACGAUCUUGAAAGGGGGGGAUCCCUCAUCUCUGCAUCUUUACAAAACAAACUUACGGCCACUAAAUGAGCUGGAUUACAUACUGAAGCGUAGUGCGGGGGCGGUGGCCAACGUUGACGAGAGUCCAGAUUCAAAAGAACGACGGAGUCAAAUGGGAUCAUCAUUUAUACGAUUCGGCCGUAACCAUAUGACCGGUACCGGAGAAAAUAUCGAGUACUCAUUGAACGGUCUCAGUGACGUCGACUCAUCUCGGAUUCCUCGCGGCCGUUCUGACGUCAUCAUACGUUUCGGUAGAUCUGGCUCCGGUAAAAUCGACUCAAUGAUCCUGCGUAAUAACAAAUUACUAAAAGUGAUACCGAUUGAUAUCGAACAAUUGGGUAUCGUUUGCUCAGAUAUUUUGGCUGCUGAUAAUUCUUCCGCAGAACUUGCGCGUCUCUGCAAUUCCUUUAUGUCUAAUGAUGAAAAAAAUGAAUAAUUAUUUUUUAUUUUUAUUUUAUAACGACUUUUUUUUAAGCUGAAUUUUAUUUUACUGGAAUAAGUAGAGUAUUAAAUGUAUUAUUCUGUUGUUACUUGAGGAUUCAUUACUCGAUUAAAGCUGCUCAGCUGUUCGAUAUUCAAGGCUAAUCGUUAUAUUGUUCGUUACGUAAAAGUACAUCCACCCGACGGAUUUGUCAACUUUUGAAUUAUAUAUUAUUAUAUGUAUAUUAAAUUACCGAUGUAUUGUUCAGAGUCACGUUUCAAAUUUUUUUUUUAAUUAUAAUUUUAUAUUUUACUUUACAGUCCAAUGGUAUUGAUAAUUUAAUUAAUUAAAUGAAGUUAUAAAUAUUUUAAGCAGAUAAUUAUUUUAUAAAAUACAUUUAUAUUUUAUAAAUUAUUUAUAUGAUCCGUCUAUUGAUAAUAAAUAUGUCUCGAACUCGAGGUAACUUGUAUAUGUAUUUAAAUUUAAUACUUAAAGUUAUAAAUAAAUAAAUAAAAUAUAAUG